UAGCGAUUGAUGAGAGUGUAGAGUUUCCGAGAGCCUCAAAAAUAGUAUUGCGAGAUUUCUAUGUGGAUGACAUGUUGACUGGCGUAAACAACUCUGAAAUGGGUAAUGAACUGAUUAAUGAAUUAAUUCAAUUAUUAGAUAGAGGUGGAUUUGAGCUCCACAAAUGGUUUACAAGUGAACCAUCUAUAUUAAAGGAUGUGCAUAGCGGUUCGUUAGAUGACAUGUCUCAUACAACUAGUGGAACUAAAGUGAUAAAGAUUUUAGGUCUAGAGUGGCAUCCCAGAGAAGAUAUUUUCAGAUGUAACUUCGAGUUCAAACAUCAUCAGUGCAAGUCAACUAAGCGAACAAUUUUGUCAUCUAUUGCGAGGUUAUUUGACCCAUUGGGUUGGAUUUCCCCCUUUGUAAUAUUAACUAAGAUGUUACUCCAAGAAAUCUGGAGGCUUAAACUAUCUUGGGAUGAACCUGUGCCUCCGUCUAUUGAUCAUAAUUGGAAGAUUAUUUGUAAGGAAUUAGGACAGUUGAGGUCUAUUCAAAUUCCUAGAAAAACACUGCUACCUAAUUACACGACCGUUGAUCUACAUGCAUUUUGUGAUGCAUCAGAGAAGGGCUACGGAGCAGUUGUUUACGUGCGAUCAUCAGAUGAAUCUAAUGUUUGGGUUAGACUACUAACAUCGAAGACUCGUGUAGCACCGUUAAAACCUAUUUCAAUUCCAAGGAUGGAAUUAUGUGCAGCAGUUUUAUUAGUUCAUUUGGUGCAAGCAAUACAAGGUGCAUUUCAGAUUAAGAUAAAUUCUAUAUUUGCAUGGAGUGAUUCAACCAUAGUGCUUUCUUGGUUAAGGGCUGAUCCUUGUAGGUGGCAAGUAUUCAUCGCCAACAGAGUAUCAGAAAUACAAUCUAUUUUGCCUGCGGAAAAUUGGAAUCACAUUGACGGAAACAAAAAUCCUGCAGAUUGUGCAUCACGUGGUCUCUUACCUUCAGAACUUGUAGAACAUGACUUAUGGUGGAAUGGCCCAGAGUGGCUGAUGUCCAAUGACAUCCCAUUCACCAAGAAUAUACCUAUUUGUGAGGCAGCAUUAAGGGAGGAGCGUAAACAUGCUACUUGUAGUGUUAGCACAAGCAUAGAAGAGCUGCCUGUCAUUAGUAAAAUAUCAUCAUUUGUAAAACUUCAACGAAUCUUGGCGUGGUGCCUAAGAUUUAUAACAAAUGCAAAAUUAUCACCUCCUGAUAGGAUCUAUGGGCAUCUUACAACCAAGGAAUUAAGAGAAGGUUUAAUCUGCAUCAUCAAAAAUGUUCAAACAAUAAGCUUUUCGGAAGAAAUAAAGUGCAUUCAGUCUGGGAAAUCGUUGCCAAAAAGUUCCAAAAUAAACAAUCUAUGUCCAUUUUUAGAUAAUGAUAAUAUAUUAAGAGUUGGAGGCAGAUUGCAGAAUUCCACCCUCAAUUUUUAUAAGAAACAUCCUGCAAUACUGCCUGCUAAACAUUAUUUGACUAAAUGUAUUUUAACCUACUUUCAUAGGAAAUAUCUACAUCUUACCGGACAGGCUUUAUUAUAUCAAGUAAGACAGAUGUUCUGGCCUUUAAAUGGAAGAUCACUCUGCAGAAAGGUUGUUCAUGAAUGUAUUAUUUGCUUUAAGGCUAAACCAGUUGUUUCUCAGCAACGUUUAGGUAAUCUACCUUAUGAGAGAGUGAACCAAAAUUAUGUGUUCAACUGUACAGGAAUUGACUUUUGUGGACCAUUUCUCAUAAAAUAUAAGAAUCAAAGAAGAGGUACGUAUAAUAAAAUUUAUGUGUGUAUCUUUAUCUGCUUGGUGACUCGAGCCAUACAUCUUGAAAUAGUAUCUGAUCUCACAUCUGAUUCAUUUAUUGCAACAUUAAAGAGAUUUUUCUCGAGACGUGGUAAAAGUGCCAAAUUAUUUACGGAUAAUGCAAAAACAUUUAUUGGAGCCCAGGCAGAAUUGAAACAAUUGUACAAUAUGGUAAAUAAGCCAGAUGAAAAAUUGGCUAGUUAUUUGUCAUCAGAAACCAUUCAGUGGAACUUCAACCCCCCUAGAGCCCCAAACUUCGGUGGAUUGUGGGAGGCAGGAGUUAAAUCGUUCAAGUAUCACUUAAAAAGAGUUGUAGGUGGUACAAUCUUGACAUUAGAAGAGUUUCUCACCAUCACCAAUCAAAUCGAGGGAAUUUUAAACAGUCGCCCCAUUUCCCCGUUAUCAGUGGAUCCAGAUGAUCUUGAGGUAUUAACACCUGCUCAUUUCAUUAUAGGUAGACCAAUUGACACGCUACCAGAUAUUGAUCUCAAAUCUCUAUCAGAUAAUAGACUUUCACAUUGGCAACGUGUAACAAAAAUGACGCAAAUCAUUUGGAAACGGUGGACUAAUACAUAUUUAAAUAAUUUACAACAACGGAAUAAGUGGAUGAUUGAAAGAGAAAAUAUUAAAAUAGGGACAUUAGUCAUUAUCAAGGAAGAUAAUAUACCUAUCUUUAAGUGGUUAGUGGGAAGAAUUACAGAAGUUUUCCCAGGGUCUGAUGGUAAAGUAAGAGUUGUAAGUGUAAAAACAAAAAAUGGUGUAUUUAAACGCAGUGUAUNUGGAUACUCACUUUUGUUCCCAAAUUGUUAUUGA